AUGCAUCAGCCUAUGGGGUUCACAGCAAACAAUGGCUCUUAUCCAAUUCAAUGCGAAAAUGUUAUCGUAAAUUAUAAUAGUGUUACUGUAUUUGGUAGUGGUAUGGCAGCAACCAAUUCAAAGUCAAUGACAUCUGGUAAAAAUAAAACAAAUAGUAGAAAGGCUAUAGAAUUAGAAAUUAAUGAUUCAGAUUUCUGUAAAGUCUAUGAAAAUGAUGAUUCAAAAUCUGGUUCAGGUAUGGAUACUUCAUAA